AUGCCUCUCCCUACUGCUUCAGUUGGCGGUGGAUGGUACACCUUCGAGAAUCUCGGCCCUGCCACCGCGACUUUCACCCCAGCCCCUAGUUGCUCUGCCACGGACCGACUGCAAAUCGGUGUAAUCCGGUCCAGUUACCCGGAGAUUGGAUGGAAUGUUCAGUGCACCUCGACGGGCUACGAAGGUUGUCUUCCACCUACCACCACCGCUACAGCUCCGGCAACCACGUCGACCGGCUAUGAAGAGUACUGGGGCGUUGGAGCAUACUACUCCCCAGGCCUGAACUGCCCCGUGGGAUGGGCCACAGUUGGCCUGGCCGCUCGAGAUGCAAACCAAACCCUCAGCUACUCUGGUAUUAUGGCUCCCACCACCACCUCGACUGCCAGGUAUCACUCCAGGGAAAACGACGCCACUAUUCUUGCCAAUGUGCUUGAAGCCUCCGAGACUAUGGCCCUUUGCUGCCCAAGUGCUAUGACCGCUGAUGGAAUCGGCGGAUGCUACUUCGCCGUCCCGAUUACACACCCACUCUCGGCUGCUACCUACGAGAUCUCCUCCGUGACCGAGACUCGCUACGGAGCCACCAGCACUUUCCUCAUUGAUGUUCCGGAAUAUGGUGAUACCGUCACCAGGACUUACUCGAGAGUCUUCUACCCGAAGGACAAGAGCAGGUACACUGGUAUCUCUUACGUCCCGAUGGUGACUCUUGUGCACCACCAAACCGACAUUCAGCCGACUGCUACUGGGAAUGCUACUGGAAAUGCUACUGCCGCUACCAGUACUUCGACUUCUACGUCGAAUGCUGCCGGGCGACUGGCCCUUCGGUCUUCUAUUUGGGACGGAUUGGGUGCUGUUCUUGGUGUUUCUGCCGCCGCUAUGGCAUUGGGUGCUGCUAUCCUAUUUUAA